AUGGCGCCCCGAAUCGAAGCCGCCGAAGUCGAAACGUACUGGAACAUCUUCUCAACCAGGACAAAUGGCGGCAAAUACCUGACUGGAGAAAUGGCGGCGCCGCUGCUCAAGAACAGCGGCCUGCGGGAUGAUCAGCUCGAGAAGGUCUGGGACGUGGCCGACAUUGACAAUGACGGCAACCUCGACUUUGAGGAGUUUUGUGUUGGAAUGCGCAUCAUCUUUGAUAUAGUCAAUGGCGAAUACGCGGAAGUUCCCAACACGCUGCCCGACUGGCUCGUUCCCGAAUCCAAGUCGCAUCUCAUACAAGCAAACAGAGCACUUACCGGCAAGCAAGUAGCGUUCGAGCAGGUGGACGACGAGGACGAUUCGCUUGGGCUAAAGGAUGGAUUUGACUGGUACAUGAACCCACAAGACAAGGCCAAGUACGAGUCGAUAUAUCAGGAGAACAGAGACAUGCGCGGAGAAAUGUCAUUCAAUGCCCUAGAGGACCUCUACGAGUCGCUCGACGUGCCAGAUACCGAUAUUCGCAGCGCCUGGAACCUGAUCAACCCCUCAGCUUCGGCCACCAUUAACAAGGACGCUUGUCUCGCCUUUCUACACAUUCUAAACAACCGGCACGAGGGCUUCCGGAUCCCGCGGACCGUGCCAGCGUCGCUCCGCUCCUCGUUUGAGCGCAACCAGAUCAAUUACCAGCUAGACUCGGACCGCAAUGCACCCGCCGCCUCCCGCUGGGCGGCCAAGGCCGACGAAAACACGAGCACCGGCCGCAAGGCCAAAUUUGGCGAUCAGUACCUGACGCGGCUCGGCCGGGGCGGGUUCAAGACAGCCGGCACCGACUUUGGCACGGCCAAGACGGACGACUGGGAAGAAGUGCGGCUCAAGAAGCAGCUGCAGGAGCUCGACGAGAAGAUGGCCAAGGUCGAGGAAAUGGCGAACCGCCGGCGCGGCGGCAAGAGGGAGAGCAAGCCUGCGCUCGUGAAGCGCGAGCUGGAGCAGCUGCUCGACUACAAGCGCAAGGAGCUGCGCGAGCUGGAAGAGGGCAAUGGCAAGGCCAAGACUGGAAGCAACUUGAGGGGCGUAGCGGAUGAUCUGGCCACUGUAAAGGAGCAGAUUGACGGACUCGAGUCACAUCUGAGCUCAAGGACGCAAGUCUUGGAUCAACUACGGAGGGAAAUUGAGGAUGAGAAGACUAGCAGAUAA